AUGCCGUCACUACGCACGCUCUGUGUCGAACUCCGACUGGAAAUCUACGAACUCUGUCUCGUCAUACAGCCAGUUUCCGAACCAUACCACGCAGAUAUCUUCCAAGAGGACACGCCAGCUUUGCUUGUGGCUCUUCGUGGCCAGAGGGACCUUUACGAAGAGGCGUUGGGUGUUUACUACAAGAUCAAUACGUUCUAUUAUUACGAAACUGCCACUUAUCAAUCCAAAGGAUAUUCCGGAAUCAAUACCCCCAAUACAUUCAGGCAUCUUCGAAACUUUGGAAUUAAUGCGAGGUAAUUCAUAUGCUUCAGAAGUACGAAUCUUCACUAACAUGAUUCUCAGGGCUGACGAAUAUGACCUCUUUUCCAUUGACAACCUCACACAUCUCCUCUAUUGCAUGAGUGAAGCCUCUGCAAUAGAUAUUCCCACCUUUGGCAGCCAGGUUGUAUGCAACCUCGGAACAAUCAACAUAAACCUAUCUUGUCAGGCGCUUUCUGAUAUUAUUCCCCUUCUUCGUUUGCUCAGACCACAUCUCACCAAGUUGAAGCGGCUCAGUCUCAACACACCCUGGGAGCUUGAUUCAUCUGAUCCGGUGCUGGUUAAGAUAAGCUGCAUGUUUGGACUCCAACCCAGCAUAACGGCCUUGAAAUUCAAGGAGGAAGGCAUGUGCAUAGAUGAGCCAGAGGAGAGAGAUGGCUCUCAAGUUGUGUGGGAAGAAAGAGAGGGCCAGGUAUUGAAGAAAAAGUAG